GAUUGACACCUCCAUCGCCCAAUCAUGUUCCGAGGAAUCUUCAAACUGACCAAUGGCGUGGCGUUGUAGGCCCGAACCCGGCCCAGCAGCCUAGAGCGCGUCCGUGUUAUGUGUGCCAUGGACUCAGCCCAGUAAUAUUGACAAUAGGGCGAAAAAGGGACUGAUAUUCCCUAAUAAAACAUAUUUUCUGGAUUAAAAUAACAUAUUAGCGCGGUGUGUGGAUAUAAAGAGAUACCCGGGGAUGUUCGUAUUUCGGCUGGAUCCUUUUCUAUCGUCGGAAAUUUGAGUGUUUGAUGGGAUUAUUGCUGUGGGUUUGGCAGUUUUUAAGGCCAAAAACAGAUUUUGUGUCUUUCUUUUUCUUUUUCUGCUGCUUCAAGAGGUCUUGAAGGAGGAAAGACGGUUAAAAACACCCAAAUCAGCUCCUCACAUCGAAAACAUCAAGGGCUAUGUCCUCCGCAGCCACCACGCCUCCAUCAGUGGAUAAAGUAGACGGAUUUUCCCGGAAGUCUGUCCGGAAAGCCAAGCAGAAACGAUCUCAGAGUUCCUCACAGUUCCGCUCUCAGGGCAAACCAAUCGAACUCACACCUCUUCCUCUGCUCAAAGACGUCUCUGCUCAGGAGCAGCCGGAGUUGUUCCUGAAGAAACUUCAGCAGUGUUGUGCUGUGUUUGAUUUCAUGGACACUCUGUCAGACCUGAAGAUGAAAGAAUACAAGCGUUCAACCCUCAACGAGCUCGUCGAUUAUGUCACAGUCAGCCGAGGAUACCUCACAGAACAGGCCUACCCAGAGGUCGUCAAAAUGGUGUCCUAUAAUAUAUUCCGAACUCUUCCGCCCAGUGACAGUAAUGAGUUUGACCCAGAGGAGGAUGAACCCACUCUAGAGGCCUCGUGGCCACAUUUACAGCUGGUGUAUGAGUUCUUCAUUCGUUUUUUGGAGAGCCAGGAGUUUCAACCCAGCAUUGCCAAAAAGUACAUAGACCAGAAAUUUGUCUUACAGCUGCUGGAGUUGUUUGAUAGCGAGGACCCACGGGAGAGAGAUUACCUGAAGACAGUCUUACACAGAAUCUAUGGAAAAUUCCUGGGACUAAGAGCUUUUAUACGAAAACAGAUUAAUAAUAUUUUUCUACGUUUUGUUUAUGAAACUGAGCACUUCAAUGGAGUCGCAGAAUUGUUGGAGAUUUUGGGAAGCAUCAUCAAUGGCUUCGCUCUGCCACUGAAGGCCGAGCACAAACAGUUUCUGGUGAAAGUUUUGAUUCCUCUUCAUACCGUCAGGAGCCUCUCACUUUUCCAUGCACAGCUGGCGUAUUGUAUUGUACAGUUUCUAGAGAAAGACCCUGCAUUAACAGAACCAGUUAUCAGAGGUCUGCUGAAAUUCUGGCCUAAAACCUGCAGUCAGAAAGAGGUCAUGUUCCUAGGAGAGUUGGAGGAGAUUCUGGAUGUGAUUGAGCCUACGCAGUUUGUGAAGAUCCAGGAGCCUCUCUUCAAACAGAUCUCCAAAUGUGUCUCCAGCCCUCAUUUUCAGGUGGCUGAGAGAGCUCUGUACUACUGGAAUAAUGAGUACAUCAUGAGUCUGAUUGAGGAAAACUCUAAUGUGAUUCUUCCUAUAAUGUUCGCAAGUCUGUACCGGAUCUCCAAAGAACACUGGAACCCGGCCAUAGUAGCUUUAGUCUAUAAUGUUCUGAAGGCCUUCAUGGAAAUGAACAGCACUUUGUUUGAUGAACUCACGUCCACUUACAAGUCAGAUCGUCAGAGAGAGAAGAAAAAAGAGAAGGAGAGAGAGGAGCUGUGGAAGAGGUUGGAGGAUCUGGAGUUAAAGAGAAGCCUCCAGAGCGACGGAAUUAUUCCCACUUAACGACGCGCCUCUCCCGGACCGCUUUUUCCCAACGCCUCCAACACGCGCUCGGAACGUUGGCCACAUUUUUUUUCCUUUCUGUAUUUGUGCGACUUACUUUACCGUAGAUUCACCUCGUCAGUCUCAUUAUUUCAAAAGCACUGUAAAUAACUUUAUUUUAUCUUCUUUUUUCCCCCCUUAAAAAUAUUAUGCCGAAAAAGAACGUGACUAGAAAAGGAAAUGAAAAAAUUUAAAUAAGCAAAAAACAAAAACAAAAGAAACCCGCACUGGAGGGGGAAGGACUUUGAACAGGCAGUAGGACUCAAAUGAAUGACUGCUGUUAAGAAAAUCAAACCAACCAACAGAGAAUCUCAUCCCGCUGAUCUGACAUACCUCGGCCAUCCUUACUGAACAACACCAGCCCAAUUCUCUCUCUCUUUCCUCACCUGCUCCCUUCUCUACGUACCUUAUUCUUCCCUGCUCUUUUUCCUCUUUAUGUUUCUGAAUUGGAUCAACAUUUGCCACCUGUGUGUCCUGAAUAUCUGAAAGCAGAGUAGUCUACAUCUGGAUAAACGCAGUGGGUCUGGAUUGUAGUCGCCUUGAGGAGACGCAAAAGGACAUUAUGCAGUAACCAGCAAAGAAGAGGAAGUCAUAAAUACACACCAGCUCUUGUUUUUUUCCCCCCUUUUCAUUCUUUUUCUGUCCAAAUGUGCCGCCCGUUACACUCGUUUGGACUCUUUAGCACCAGUCCGGUACUGGUACCAGUAAAUGGGACACACACAAACACACACAAACACACACACACACACAUCGGAGCGGGUGUCCAGAAUUCCAGCAGCAAAACCGGAGAUGCUUGUCAUGAGAAAUCGAACUGCACGUGCACACACACAUUCUGCAUUCGAGUGUGUGAGGGAGUUUCUUACAGUGUUAAGUACCUGUAUACUGUAUCUGAAUGCAGUACUUUGAUACUCUGUAUCUAGUAGAACCUUUAGCGUAUCUUUCUUUAGGAGAAUCCAGUAUAUGAUGAAGAAAGAUUGAACACAACCUCUUGGGAUUUUUUUUUCUUUUUUUCUUGGGUUUCAUUUCUCAUUUGUUUUGGGUUUAUUUUAUUUUUUGUCUGGAAUUGGUUUUGUUUUUUUUCUUUUGACCAAGUGGAAUUUGUUCUCUCUUCCUUUUUUUUUUUUUUUUUUUUUUUUUAACUUAGUUGCUGAUUUGGGGGGAGUGAGAGGGGGAUUGUUGAGGACUGAUGCUGUGGUGAGCUUUGUCAGAAUUGAACCUGUGCUUUAGAAAGCCCCAGAAAUCAAACAAUUACAAAAGUUAAAAAGGGUCGGAUAAAUACAAAUGUUUAAUUAUUUUAAAAAAUAAAGAGAUAUUAAAUUAAACCUGUUUUGUGAUAAAGAUGAAAUGCACAUUUGCCUUAUUUGUGGCGUGUGUGAGCGGAUGAAAGUGGAAAGGAGAGGUAUUUGUAUUUGGCACCGAAGCCAUGUGAAAACUUAGGCAUUAUUGCAGCUUAAAAUCAUGAAAUGGUUCAGAUUUGUUUUUUAAAGUACUAAAACUGAAUAAUUUUCACGACCUUUGGUUCCGUUAACUCUUUUCUGCUUCACAAAACCAGUCUGAACAAUUGGUUCCCAAACUGAACUGAAUCAGAAUGGCAGUCGCAACGAGUCUUACGAAGCAUAACGGAUGGCUUUUAUAAACCAGUUCUUGUAACUAAUUGUUCAAAAAGAUUCAAGAUUCAUUGGUGAACUUAUGUGUUAACGAUUACUUAACCAACAAGUCAGUUCAACUCAAACUGCUACUGUUUGGCAACCGUGACAAUGAGUCAUAUUUCUCAUCACAAACUGUCAUGAAUGACUCCCAUGAUCUGGUCUAAUGAAUUAAUCAAAAAGACUCCAUUAAUUGUUAGUGAACUCCUAUUUGAAUCAGUCUGAAUAGUUGUUUUUUACACACUCAACCACAAGUCAAUUAUUUGGUAAACUCCUGUGAGAACACAAAAAUGUGUCAUUACUCUUUUUUUUUUUUUUUUAACACCUGGCCACUAUGAAUACCAUUUUAUUGCAAAAUCUUUGUAACAGUUCUUCAAAAGGUUUUUCAGCAGAGUAAAAACACUGCAUAGCUUAGAUUUGGAAUGACUAGAGGGUGAAUAAAUAAAUAAGAGUCUGUUCAUUUUCAGCUGACCUAUUACUUUGUGUCAUUGACCAAUUGUUUAUAGGACAAUGUGUAGUUUGUGUGUAAAUUCAGCCAUCUACUCACAAGUACCAAAUUCUUCCACAAGAGUGCAGCAGAGCUCAACAUUAAAAAAAAAUUUCAAACCAGCUAACAAUACUUUUUUUGAGUGUC